AUGCUCUCAUCUUCAGACACGUCCACUACAAAUACCAACCGAACAAUUGGCAUCUGGUCUACUGAAGAACAUGAUCGAUUUCUUGAUGCUUUGAAAUUAUUUCCACAAGGUCCAUGGAAAAUUAUUACGGAAUAUAUUGGAACACGAUCCGUUCGUCAAGUGCAAACUCAUGCUCAAAAAUACCAAGAAAAGGUCUCUCGUCGACUUCAGGGACUUCAAAUGGGUAAAGCCAUUCGACUUCGUCGUGAACAUCGAAUUGAUCAUGACGUCUUGGCUCUGCGUACCCUCAUUACGUUACCAGCUCGUAACAAACACACCACCAGCUUAAGUGUUGUAAGGGAAGAAUCGUGUAGACAAAUUCAUCAAAUUGACAAAAUUGAGUGCCAUGGAGUUUCUCCGUCGUCUACUUCGUCUUUUGAUUUUCCUGACUUUCUGGAGUAUAGACACUUGGAUGAAGAAGAACUGCCGACAUUAAGCGAAUCACUUGAUUUUUUCAUUGAAAAUAUGGCUUGA